AUGUUUGUACAACUAGAUGGAGCAUGGAGGUAUCUCUAUAGUCAGAUUCGUCUGAGAAUUUUGACGAGGACAUCAUGUAAUUACAAUGGUGAACUGUGUAAACAAAUGGUGUGUACCACUACCAGACUGAUCUUCUUAAGGGGUCGCGCUGUGUUUGGGAGGUCGCGCUGUGUUUGGGGAGGUCGGUCGUGCUGCGUUUGGGGAGGUCGUGAGGCACUUUGGGGGCCGAGGCGGGAUCGAUGGGCAGCCCCCGCUCGUUGAGCCAAAGAACAAACCCGAGAACAGUCAGCUAGCCUUAGGCGAGAACGCGGGCAGCUCAGACCGGAGAGGCUUCAGCGGCCAAAGCUGACCCCGGCCAAACUGCCUGGGCAAGCUGGGCGGGACCAGCGAAGCAAGACGAGCAGGGCGCGCGGGCUUGGGAGGGCUCACCGACGUCGGGCGCACCUUACGGCAUUGGCAACACCUCCGGCCCGCCCCCGCGCGCGCAUGAAUGUCUGCCGGGCCUGUCUCAUUGGCGUGGCGUGCCUAAUUGAUUCCGCGCGCAAGGGUUCUGGGUUCCGUGGGUUGCUUCGGUCUUUGUUCUUCUCCAUCAUCUCGACGGCAGCCGCCAAGGCCAAGGGGCGGGCGCUCCGUGCCUCAGUCGCUUUCUUUUUGCUCUCUCUUAUGUUUCUACUCUGUGCCUGUGCCUGUGCUGUUAUCAAGGAGGGGUCGCCCAAGGGGCGACCCCGGUUUCUUGUCCGUAUUAUAAAUUAUAGUUGAUAAAAUGAAUACCGAUUAGAUGAACCACAAAACUUUUUACUU